AUGUCCUCAAGAAAAAUUUUCUCAUUAAUUUUUAUUAGAAAGACAUCAGAAAUUUUAUUGGGUUUAAAAAAACGAGGGUUUGGAAAAAAUAAAUGGAACGGUUUUGGCGGUAAAGUAGAAAAAGAAGAAUCAAUUUUUCAAGGAGCUAUACGUGAAUUAAAAGAAGAAUGUGGUCUAUCUGCACAGAAAUUAAAAAAAGUUGGAAUUUUAGAAUUUGAAUUUGAAGGGGACAAAGCCCUAUUAGAAGUUCAUGUUUUUGAAACAUACAAAUACAGCGGAGAGCUAAUAGAAUCUGAAGAAAUGCAACCAAAAUGGUAUAAUUUGAAAGAUAUUCCUUUCAAACAAAUGUGGCCGGAUGAUGAAUAUUGGUUCCCCUACAUGUUACGAGGGGAAUUAUUUAAGGGAUAUUUUUUGUACCGAGGUCAAGACCUAAUUCUUAAGUAUAACAUUGAAACUAUGGAAGAACUACCAGCAUUAGAUCAAGUCUUUUAACAUCCAUAAUUCAUUCAUAAUUUUUACAUACACUCCUACUCAUACCAAUAACUUUAAAAAAUUCACUUUCACAUUUUUAUAAUUAUAAUAAAAUUUUGUUUUACACUAAUUUGACAAUUUUUUUGUAGUAGUAAAACCAUCUUCAAGUCAUUACUUUUUAUCACUCAUUAAUCUUAUUGAUUAUAUUAAGAAAGAUUUUUAAGCAUGAAUGUAUGAAUAUAUUACAUUGGUACUACAUUAAUUGUACCUGCUUGUUGAUUUUCCACCAAAUAAAAGCGCGCUAAACUCUUAGAUAUACAAAUAUUUACUAAUGUUUCAGAGAUCAUUAAAUAAUUUUUUUUUAAUAUAUUGAAAGGUUACUAAUCCCCUUUUCUACCACUUUUUAAAUAAAAUGAAUAUAUUCUUAUUUUAAAAAUCUAAGUACUUACAUAAUAAGUUAUAAAACUAUACUGUGAUACAUCACAUAAAGAUAAAAAUAUCCUGCUUAAAUGCUCAUUUUGUAAAUAAAGAUUUGCAGAGAAUAUAUUAAUCAAGCACCAUGUAGCUUGGACAGAUUAAAGGAUAAAUAUUUUUAUCUUCAGCUCAAAAGAUACAAGGUGAGGCAAGGUAAAAAGCUUAAAAUCUACAGAUUAAAGUAUGAUCAUGGACGUAUAGAAUUUUCAACCAGUUAUAUCACUUUUAUCUUUGCACCAUAAAGCACUCUUGGCUUUAUUUUGUUAUAGUUUAUACUUAAGCAGCUGACCAAUGUUCAGAUCUCCAUAAGAGAGCAUACAUACUAUGUUUAAGAUCUUCUGCGUCUAAGCUAUCGAUCAGAAAAUCUGUAUAUCGUGAAAUUAAACUUCUGUAACCCUGACCAACAGUUGCCAGUACUAAUUUUUUUUCGUCUGUUGAUUUAAACGAUAUUAUUUGACAUACUUUACCUUCAAAGGGUCUGAAAACGGUGAUCGGUCUGAGAGAGUUGCAUUCAGCUACUACAAUACAUCCCCAAGUAGUACCAAUGUACAACUGAUUCCUGCAAGUUUCCAGAGCUGUUACUUGGCACUUUUCAGUUGAUAAAUUUUCUUCUAUAGAGAUGGAUUUUAAACUUUCUGAACAAGGUACUAAUUUAGACAUAUCUAAUUUAUUUAUUAUUUGUCUAGUAUCCACAUCCCAUUGAUAUACAAUACAUCCAGGAUACGUAUAUGAUAAUACACAAUUUUCAGCACUCAAUAAAUGUGUAGCAAAUAAAUUCUUAAUAGCUGUUUCUCCAUGAGAAACUUGUACUGUAUCUAUUAGAUUGUUGUCUUUUAAAACAUAAAUGGAUACUUUACCAAAACUUUGUCCAGCCCACAACUCUAAUAUUCGCUUUUUUUUAUAAACAGCUGCCAAAGAAUAUGUCUUUACACUAUCUUGAAUAUCAGUCGUAAUUUCCAUCUUUUUCAUUUGUGUGAAAGAAUUGGACAAUAAAAAUGUUUUUCCACUAUGUAAUGCCACUGCAAAUUGUUUUAUUUGUUCCAAAUAAAUUAAACCUACUAUUUUAGAUUCUAUACUAUGAUCAAGUUCAAGAUUGUAGCUAGCAACACAACCAAAAUUACUGCCUAA